AUCGCCCUGCAGCCUCCAUCCCCGCCCGGCCCUGCAGCGCCCCCCAGCGGCCAGGCGGCUCCGUGCAGCCCCGGCAGCGGAAGUGUCGUAAUGCGGCGCCAUGGCCGAAGUGGCGGCCGGGUCGCAGCCGGAGGACUGCCCGGGAACCAGCAGCGCUCAGGCGGGUCGUGCCGCCGCCUGUCAGGGAUGCCCCAACCAGAAACUGUGCGCCGCCGGCGCCGCCGCCACGGACCCGGUCGAGGCGGCGGAGCUGCGGGAGCGGCUGCGCGGCGUGAAGCACAUCGUGCUGGUGCUCUCUGGGAAGGGCGGCGUGGGGAAGAGCACGUUCAGCGCGAUGCUGGCCCAUGGGCUGGCGGCCGACGAGGCCAAACAGGUCGCUCUGCUGGACAUCGAUAUCUGUGGGCCGUCCAUCCCUAAGAUGAUGGGUCUGGAAGGAGAGCAGGUUCAUCAGAGUGGAUCAGGAUGGUCUCCAGUGUAUGUUGAGGAAAACUUAGGUGUCAUGUCAGUGGGGUUCUUGCUCAGUAGUCCUGACGAUGCCGUCAUCUGGAGAGGACCAAAGAAAAAUGGGUUGAUCAAACAAUUUCUUCGCGAUGUGGAUUGGGGUGAAGUUGACUACCUGAUUGUAGACACCCCUCCAGGAACGUCAGAUGAGCACUUGUCAAUUGUGCAGUACCUCGGUGCAUCACAUAUAGAUGGCGCUGUUAUAAUUACUACCCCUCAGGAAGUCUCACUUCAGGAUGUUCGAAAAGAAAUCAACUUCUGUCAUAAGGUGAAACUGCCCAUCAUAGGUGUCGUGGAGAACAUGAGCGGCUUUAUAUGUCCAAACUGUAAGAAAGAAUCUCAGAUCUUUCCCCCAACCACUGGAGGUGCAGAGAAGAUGUGCCAGAACUUAAAUGUUUCCCUGCUGGGCAAAGUGCCUCUAGAUCCUCAAAUAGGAAAAAGUUGUGACAAAGGCCAGUCUUUCCUGUCUGAAGUGCCUGACUCUCCAGCGACGUCAUCUUACAGGAGCAUCAUUCAAAGGAUUCAGGAGUACUGUGAUCAGCACCACUGUCAAGAAGAAAAGAUUAUCUGAAUAGAAUAGAAACAUGCUUUGUGGGUAAUUAUAGAAAAAUAACUUAUGCCUUGCCUUAAUAUAAGGAAUGUAUUCUUUUUGUACAUUGCAAAUAAAUUCUUAGUAUUAAUGUCA